AUGGCGACGACAAGGUCACCUAACCAUUCUUCCGAGGACAGCGCCGAUCCGACGCCGUUCCUCGCCACCUCUCCCGAUGACUCUACCUCCGGCCGUCGUCUCCUCCGCCGCCCGAGCCUCCGAGAGGCGGCGCGUUUUCUGAGGCAGGCGAGUGGCCGCCGCUUGAUGCGCGAGCCGUCGAUGAUGGUGCGGGAGGCGGCGGCGGAGCAAUUGGAAGAAAGACAGAGCGAUUGGGCCUAUUCGAAGCCCGUUGUGGUCUUGGAUAUUCUCUGGAACUUCGCGUUCGUCACCGCCGCCGCCACCGUCUUAAUUCUCGGUCGCAACGAGAAUCCGAACAUGCCUCUCAGGUUGUGGAUUGUAGGCUACGCUAUGCAGUGCGUUCUUCACGUCGCAUGCGUCUGCGUUGAAUAUCGUAAGCGCCAACGCCGCCGUGAACAGUCCAACGCCACCGUCGCUGUUGGUGGCAGCGGGGAUUUGAGUUCGGCUUCGAUGGAUGUUUCUGGAAACUCAGUCUCGUUGCCGCAGUUCGAGGACGAUGGUAUAAGUAUGGCCAAGCAUUUGGAAUCAGCCAACACAAUGUUUUCAUUUAUUUGGUGGGUUGUUGGAUUCUAUUGGAUAUCAGCUGACAGUGAAGCUUUGGUCCGAGAUUCUCCGCUGCUUUACUGGUUAUGUAUAGCCUUCCUGGGUUUUGAUGUUUUCUUUGUCGUUUUCUGUAUUGCACUAGCAUGCAUCAUUGGUAUAGCUGUCUGCUGUUGUCUUCCGUGUAUCAUUGCACUCCUUUAUGCAGUUGCAGACCAGGAAGGGGCAUCAAAAGAAGACAUUGAGCUGUUGUCAAAAUUCAAGUUCCAAAGAACUGAAACUAAUGAGAAACUUUCUGGGAAUACACAAGGAUCUGCUGGAGGAAUAAUGACUGAAUGCGAUAGUGAUUCUCCCAUUGAACUUGUACUUUCUGAUGAGGAUGCGGAAUGUUGCAUCUGUCUUUCUGCUUAUGAUGACGGGGUUGAACUUAGACAACUACCUUGUGGCCACCAUUUUCACUGUGCCUGUGUGGACAAAUGGCUGCAUAUCAAUGCUACUUGCCCCCUUUGCAAGUAUAACAUCUUGAAAAGUACCAGUCAUGGUCAAGACGAAGUUUAG